AUGCAGCAGAAUAAGCAACAACCUGUUCGAAGCUUUAACCCUUUUACCCACGCAGAAAGCUUCCGACCACUUACUGCUCAUGAUGACGUCGACAAUGCGGGGACCAAUCUUACCACCCUUUCCGGGGAAUCACAUAAGCGCUUUGUGAUGGUCACGACAUUACUUUCGUUGAUCGAUCCGGUUCGAGGAGAACCCACGACACACAGCCUUGACAGGCACGCUCAUGAUGAUUUGUGGAAACCUGAACAGCUUCAAAAAAAGUUCCUCGACUCAUUCGCCCUCAUAGCCUCCACUUCACGCGUUGGUGGCGAAACUGCCUCGGCGGUCUGUCUCGAGCAAGGCCACCCAGGAGGUACUGUCCUUCGACUUGCAAGCAAUCAAGGAGUCAAAGGAGACACUCUUGAAAUGCUGCAAGAGGUCUUGAAUGCCCUGAAUUCGGUCGCUUCUAGAGGUAUCAUGCUCAAAAGAAGUGCUGGUAGUGUACAACAUGAGCUCAUGGCCAAAAUUACAGUCUUGACGAAAGACAAGAUCCUGUCAAUUCUGGAGCGGUUGAAUCGUCCAGCUACACAUGAAGACAUCCAGAAUGCUACGGUCAAAUUGAAGUCUGGCAACUCGAUCUCGCAGUAUUCCGAAGAAUUCUGCACAUGGGUGCACGGGCUUCCUUCGGUGGCAUCCUCACCUCCUGAAGUAACGUCUGACGUCCUCAUAAGCAAUAUCGAAUGGGCUUCCCAGGCGAAGUGGGUUUAUCCGGAUGAAAUCGAAGCUUUACUGAGCUCGGAUGAAGGAGAGUUGCCUUUGUGGCUAAAACAUAUAUAUAAGCUCGGACGUUACUAUGCAGCGGCCAAGGCGAUGCUUAAGAUUGCUGUCAAGCAACCGAGAAUCUUCGACAAUAUCCACGUCGAAGCUGUACCGAACCCACCGCAGGAAGACUUUUCACUGGAAAACGGAUCGCGACCGCUGUUGACUGUUCUGAUCCAGAAGGCCUUCGGGACAGAAGUCUGGCUCACUCAUGAUCCCGAAGCCAGAUUACGGCGAGCAUGCAGGAUGACUUUAACCGUACAUGCCGAAAUGCAGCUCUUGAGCUUCUACGAUCAUAAUCCCGAACGCACACCGCGACUACUGUUCAUGGGCACCAGCAAGAAGGCAUGUUAUCUAUGUUACGAGUUCAUGUCCCGCCAACCUCUCGCGAUCGGAGUGUCGGCAAGCCAUCAAAAACUGUACCGAGGCUGGACGCUGGCCCCCCUGUUCUUCCAGCGUCAGGAAAAAGCACAAAGUUCUCCUAUGGGAAUUCAGCCGAUAUCUGGAACAAACGACGGCGCGCGAUCUCGAGACUCGAUUGGGCACACGACGACCGACCCGCCGGUCGAAGACAUACCAAGACCUACGUCGCCUUCGUCAUCAAAUGGCGCCUGGGACAUGCGAUCAUUGACUGAAUAUCUGUAAGAGCGGCGUUACUUGUGACCUCAAGCAGUUGGCAUCACAAACGAGUUUAUCCAUGAGAGACCAUUAUUUCAGACUGAACAAUGAGAACAAACGUUGAGCUAG